CUGAUGACAUGGAAUUUGUAUCUGGAUACCGAGAUGAGUUCCUUGAUUUCGCUGCUCUCCUUUUUGGCUGGUUUCGCAAAUUUGUGGCAGAGAGGGGGACUGUGGGUACCAGCCUUGAGGGCCGUUGGCGACAGCUGGAAGCUCAGAUCAGAAGGCUGCCUCAAGAUCCUGCCCUCUGGGUGCUCCAUGUCUUGCCCAACCGUAGUGUGGGCAUCAGCCUGGGGCAAGGGGCAGAGCCAGGUCCUGGACCAGGCUUUGGAGCUGCCAGGCUCCUGGGAGAUGAGCCUCCACUACACCUGCAAGACCUGAGCCCCUAUGUCAGCUUUAUCAGCCUAGAGGAAGGAGAGGAAGGGGAGGGGGAGGAGGAAGAAGAUGAAGAAGAAAUGAUUGGACAGGAGGACCGUUCAGGGACAGAGAAGGUGGAACUUCUGGAGAAUGGGGAACCAGCCCCUACCAGCAAGGAAUUCCCUCAGGAGGCAAAGUCUACAGGGGAGCCAGAGGUGGCUGAGCAGGAGGCAGGUGGUGAUGAUGGCUGCAGAGAGGACAGAGGGGACAAUGAAAAUGCAUCCCAGAAGAGGAAGGGACAGAGAAGUGAGGCUGCCCCUCUGCACCUUUCCUGCCUAUUACUGGUGACCGAUGAGCAUGGCACCAUUUUGGGCAUUGAUCUGCUAAUAGAUGGAGGUCAAGGGAGUACGGGCCGGGGCUCAGGAACUGAGAACCUGGCUCCUAGGGCCUAUGUUCUCCUCUGCCACAGCAUGGCCUGCCCCAUGGGCUCUGGGGACCCUCGGAAGCCCAGACAGCUGACCGUGGGAGACGCCAAGCUGCAUCGAGAACUGGAAACUCUGGUUCCAAGGCUGGGUGUGAAGUUAGCCAAGACUCCUAUGCGGACCUGGGGUCCUCGGCCAGGCUUCACCUUUGCCUCCCUUCGGGCUCGAACCUGCCAUGUUUGUCACAGGCACAGCUUUGAAGUGAAGUUGACACCCUGCCCCCAGUGCAGUGCUGUCUUGUACUGUGGAGAGGCUUGUCUCCAAGCUGAUUGGCGGCGAUGUCCAGAUGAUGUGAGCCACCGGUUUUGGUGUCCAAGGCUUGCAGCUUUUAUGGAGCGAGCAGGGGAACUGGCAACUCUGCCUUUCACCUACACCGCAGAGGUAACCAGUGAAACCUUUAACAAGGAAGCCUUCCUGGCCUCUCGAGGCCUGACUCGUGGCUACUGGACCCAGCUCAGCAUGCUGAUUCCAGGGCCUGGUACUCCCAGUCACCCCUGGGACAGCACACCAUCCCUCAACCUUCUUCUCAGUGGAGAUCCUUACCAACUGCUCCAGGGAGAAGGGCCUGCCCUGAUGCCUCCAGUGCCCCUAGAUCCACCCAGGGGCCUUUUUGGGUCAUGGCAGGAUUACUAUGCAUGGCGUGGUCUCAGCCUUGACUCCCCUCUGGCUGUGCUUCUCACCUACCCACUGACUGUGUACUAUGUCAUCACCCAUCUGGUGCCUCAGUCCUUCCCUGAGCUCAACAUCCAGAACAAGCAAUCACUGAAGAUCCAUGUGGUGGAGGCUGGGAAGGAGUUUGACCUCAUCAUGGUAUUCUGGGAGCUUUUGGUCUUGCUCCCCCAUGUGGCUUUGGAGUUACAAUUUGUGGGUGAUGGCCUGCCCCUUGAGAGUGACCAGCAGCAUUUCACCCUGCAGAGGGAUGGCCAUGAGGUGUCUGUCCAUUCUGGUUCUGGGAUAUCCUCACGACUCUGCUCUGGGAUUAAGGAGAAGGGAGGCCGCAGGGACUUGCAGAUCAAGGUGUCAGCCAGACCCUACCACAUGCUCCAGGGACCCAAGCCUGACCUAGUUAUUGGAUUUAAUUCUGGCUUUGGUCUCAAGGAUACCUGGCUGAGCUCUCUGCCCCGACUACAGUCCCUCCGGGUCCCAGCGUUCUUCACUGAGAGCAGUGAGUAUGGCUGUGUGAUGGAUGACCAGAUCAUGGCAGUGGCCACAGGAGGGGGCACCAGCUCACCACAGCCCAACCCCUUCCGCUCCCCCUUCCGCCUCCGAGCGGCCGACAACUGCAUGCCCUGGUACUGCAACGCCUUCAUCUUCCACCUGAUCUACAAGGCCCCACAAGGCAACUGGGCCCGUCCUGCGCCCGGCCCCGCGCCCCCGGCCCCCACUCCCGCGGCUCCCCCGGUACCCACUAGAAGGCGUCGAGCUGAAAAGAAAACUGGGCGUGGGGCCCGUCGGCGGAAAUGAUGCUUUGAGGUCGUGGCCCACCCCUCUCCUCCCUGAACUAACCAUCCAAAAGCAAAUGGGAAGACACCUGGGCCCUGCGGGAGGAAGACUGCCAGUGGGUGGAACACAAAAAGGUGCUGUGUCCAGGAAUUGCCGCUGUUCGUGCUGGGGGCAAGGGCUGUUGUGG